UUCAAAACACACGUGAAGCAGACGACAGCCCCGACAGCCACUAGAACUCGGGUUCCGAAACUUAACAAAAAAACUUUGCAGAAAUGUGGGUGCAGACAAUAGACCCCUUUAUAUCUAUCUCCGCUCAAAGAACGAGGUAGGUAGCACAUUUUGACGACUAGACCUUGUUAAGGAAUAUUUCAUGACUCGUUUUUGUAAGUUUUCUACCAAUAAGAAAAAUAAAGUGUUGCAAACCUGGUGUUCGUUGCCUAGCAACCAGAAGCGCUUAAAAUCAAAACACAGGUGUUCACUGGUUUAUUGUCAUUAUAUGGAAAGAAUGCCAUAGGAGGAGGGAAUCCGCAGCACGUGCCAGUUCGGCAUUAUCGACAUAUUUUCGUGAAUUCAUUUUGUAGAUCACACGCUUUAGGUCAUUUCGUGUGAAUACGAAUUCUGCUACUCAGUAUGGAUCCAAUUUUUCUUGCACUCAGCUUGUACAAAAAAAGAUGCUUUGAAGAAUGUGUUUCUACUUGUACAGAACUGCUAGAUAAAAAUCCAUUUGACCAAGCAGUGUGGGUUCUCAAAAUGAAAGCACUUACUGAACAAUUGUAUGUGGAUGACUUAGAGGCAGAGGAAGAGGGUAUUGCUGAAGCCUUUAUGGAUAAUGAAACAAUAGCAGAAUCAGCAAGACCAGGUACUUCCCUCAAGAACCCUGGUACUUCACAAGGCGGCUCUACGCAGGGGUAUAGACCAUGGACUCAAACAGGUCGGCCUGUCAGCGGUGUUAUUCGUCCAGGUACUCAAACUGCAAGACCUGGUACUAUGGAGCAGGCAUUGCGAACACCUCGCACUUCAAAAACAGCCCGUCCUUCAACUAGCCAGUCAGCUCGUACAAUACGGCUUGGUACAGCUUCAAUGCUUUCUGAACCAGGUGGCCCUUUCAUUCAGCUAUCAAGAAUAAAUCUUGGGAAUUAUGCAGCCAAACCUGCCUUGGCAAAACCCUUAUUUCUUUAUAUACUAUAUCAUGAAAACAACAUACGACAUGCCCUGCAACUUGCUGUCUUGGCUACUCAAGCAUGUGAGUUCAAAGAUUGGUGGUGGAAAGUUCAACUAGGAAAAUGCUACUAUUCUCUUGGUCUGAUGCGAGAGGCAGAACAACAAUUCAGAUCUGCGUUGCGACAGCAUCAGUGUAUAGAGACAUUUUUAAGACUUGGACGAGUAUAUAUACGUUUGGAUCAGCCCCUCUCAGCUUUGGAUGUGUGUCGCACUGGUCUGGAAUAUUUCCCAAAGGAGGUAACUCUGCUCACAGAAAUAGCACGGAUUUUUGAAGGCCUCAAUAAUAUGACAAUGUCCGUCAAAUACUAUAGAGAAAUAGUUACAGAAGAUUCAACAAACGUAGAGGCAAUUGCAUGCAUAGGUAUGCAUCAUUUUUAUACUGAUCAGCCUGAAAUGGCCCUGCGUUUCUACAGGCGGCUAUUGCAAAUGGGCCUGUACAAUGCUGAGCUGUUCAAUAAUCUAGGUUUAUGCUGUUUCUAUGCCCAACAAUAUGAUAUGACUUUGAGCUGUUUUCAGCAUGCUCUCAGUCUGGCUAAAGAUGAUGAUGUUGCAGAUAUCUGGUACAAUAUUGGACUCAUUGCAAUUGGAGUGGGUGACACUCGUCUUGCUGGUCAAUGUCUAAGAUUAGCAAUCUCAUCAGACAGUGGCCAUGCCCCAGCCUACAACAACCUUGGAGUGUUGGAGCUUAGAAAAGGGAGGAUGAACGAGGCACGUGCAUUCUUCCAAGCCGCAGCUAGCUUGGCCCCAUAUCUAUUUGAGCCUUAUUUUAACCAUUCAGCACUUUCACAUAAGAUUGGAGAUCUACAAGCAAGCUACAUUGUCAUUCAGAAAGCAUUGGAAGCUUACCCAAACCAUAUACCAUCACAAGAACUGCUUCAUACGCUUGAAAAACACUUUACUAUCAUUUAGAGAAGAAUACAACUUAGAGAAAU